AUGGCGAUGUUCCCAUCUCUGGUGUUACUGAGCUUCUUGGUCUUCUUGGCUUUAACCCAUUCUCAGCCUGGUAAGGAAAUUAGUUAUCGUAGACUUUCGAGGCCUCUGAUUGGUCAUGAUGGGAAAGUUUAUGCUUGCUCUGAGAAAGAUUUGCUCGCAUUUGAAAGUAAUGGGACUAUUGCUUGGAUCCUGCAUUUGAAUUAUACUUGCAGUUUUGAUAUGCCUCCAGUUCAUGGUGGUAAAGAAAAUAUGUAUUUCGUUGCAGAUAAUAAUAGGGUGCUUCAGGUGAGCUUGUUCAACAAUGGAACUUCUAAACCAUCUGCAGAAGUUUUACUCAGUACAGAACCAACUAAAGAAGGAGAUGGUGAGAUUGUUGGGUUGGCAGUUAGCACAGUAAGUUCAUCUGUGUAUGUAAACAUUAGGCGUAGGGGUCUCUUUGCAUACACGUCGCGUGGACAGUUGCUCUGGAGUGCUGGACCAGUGAUCGAUCAACAUGGAUAUCAACAGGGUUGUAGGAAGAACAUUGCAGAUUGUUACUUUAACUCCGUCCCUGUGAUUGAUCAAUGUGAGGCUAGUCUAUAUAUAUCCAAUACUGCAGGAGAACUGUACUCUUUAUCUAUUCGUAGUCCUCAUUUCAAAUGGAUCCAGGAUUUAAGUUCAUAUGAGAAAGUUUUCUCUAUAACUCCUGGAAACAAUGGUCGGUUGUAUAUUUCUGUUCCAACCAAGGCUCGUUUGUUGGCACUAGAUGUUUCUUCAGGAAAUGUGCUGUGGGAAGGAAUUAUUGGGCCACUAAGUACAGCAGAUCACACACCUGUUGUCGAUUCUAAUGGUUGGAUAUCUAUUGGCUCCUUAGAUGGGUACCUAUAUACAUUUUCGCCAACUGGGGUUCUUAAGAAAUUCUCGAAAGCAGCUGCAAUAAAUUCAGUUAUCCAAGUCACUCCAUUUCUUGACUGCACUGGCUUUGCAGUUUAUAUUGCUCAGACUGAAAUGGAGGGGAAGAUCAGUCACACAGUAGGUGAAUAUACAUUUGUUUCAGCAUUGAAACCAAAAGGUGUAGUCUUUACCUUGUAUGUUCCAGCAACCGGGUCCAUCUACUGGUCUGGAAGAUAUCCUGGUGCUCAAUUCUCAUCCUUGAUUUCUCAUAGUGAUCUCCACCAUUUUAUACUGGACGAAAGGAUUGUUCUUGCCUUUGUUGCUGCUUCAAAGACCGGAAACCCACUGGCAUGCCGUUCUAUGCGUCAAAAGUUUAUGUCUAGCUGCUCCCAAGUAAGGCCGAAGCUUGCCAACAUCUACACAGGUAGUCAAAGGGCAAUACUCUUGUUCCUGCUCUUUGAAUCUGUAAUCUUGGUACUACUAGCUGGACUUGUGCGGUUCUGUUGUAUAUUUUGGAGUAAAAAGAAGGUUCAAGGUCAAAACCUUGGUACUUUUCUUGAAAAACGACGUUCUCUUCGACUUAAAAAGAAGGCAUUCGAUAGGACAAUUACAGAACUUGAGCAAAAGGCAGCAAAUGAAGCAGUGGCCGACAAUGAGGCGCUUGAGAAAUUAGGCAGUCUGUUACAAGAAAGGGAAGGCAUCCAGAGGAAGUUAUCAACAACCUAUAGUUUGGGAAGGGAUAGGAUCACCUCAAGGUCAAAAUCUCUUCUUCCUUUGUACGAUGGGAAAUCAAGAAGCCACUUUCAAGGAGCUAAGAAAAAGAGCGUCGCUGUAUUUCACACAUUGAGUGAUGCAUCAUCUCCCAAAGAACAUAGCAGUGAUGGGGAGAGUAGCUGGACUUCUUAUGAAGACAAGGGGAAAGAACCUUUGGAACAAGAGAGUUCAAGUGAGAGUGAGUCCUUUACAAAGGAUCAUCGGAAGAGUUCUUCCGAGACAGCUUCUUCUUCAAGAAGAUUUGUGGAUCAUGAUGAGGGUGAAGUACAGUCUUUGCAUGAGAUGAGGAUUGGUGGUAGGAGCUUCUCUUUGAAGAAGAGAAGGACUAUGUCCUCAACUAAUUAA